UCCCGACAUUCCUUCCGGGUUGUGGCAGACAGGAAGAGGCAGUGAAGAUUUCUGAGUUUCCUGCCACGCACGAGGACGAUGCAGACCGAAUCUCUCUUACACAGCGGUUACUCACACCCUCUGCUUCGUGCCUGGCAGACCUGUGCUUCCACCUUCAAUGCAAAUAAUCUCAUCUACCCCAUCUUUGUAACUGAUGAUGCCAAUGCGGAGGAACCUAUCGCCAGCCUCCCAGGACAGGCCAGAUAUGGUGUCAAUAGACUGGAAGAGAAGCUGAGGCCCCUGGUGGAUGAUGGCCUUGGUUGCGUGUUGAUCUUUGGAGUUCCAGCUAAACUCGCUAAGGAUGAGAGGGGGUCUGGCGCUGAUUCGGUGGAUACACCAGCCAUCCUGGCUAUUAAAAAGCUGAGGAAGACGUUCCCAACGUUGGUAAUUGCCUGCGAUGUCUGCCUCUGUCCAUACACUUCCCAUGGGCACUGUGGAAUACUCCGGAAGGAUGAGACGUUGAAUAAUGAAGCAAGCUGUCAGAGGCUGGCAGAGGUGGCACUGGCCUAUGCCAAGGCAGGAUGCCAUAUUGUAGCUCCGUCAGAUAUGAUGGAUGGCAGAGUUGGAGCAAUAAAACAGGCUCUGGUUGCCAAUGAGCUGGGAAACAAGGUUGCAUUGAUGAGCUACAGCGCAAAGUUUGCAUCGUGCUUUUAUGGGCCUUUCCGUGAUGCUGCCCAAUCAAAACCGGCCUUUGGUGAUCGGAGGUGUUACCAGUUGCCACCAGGUGCCAGGGGAUUGGCGAUCCGAGCUGUGGACCGUGAUGUGCAUGAAGGAGCGGAUAUGCUGAUGGUCAAACCGGGAAUGCCUUACCUGGACAUUGUCCGAGAGGUGAAAAACAAACACCCCUCAUAUCCGCUGGCAAUUUACCAUGUCUCAGGAGAGUUUGCGAUGCUGUGGCAUGGAGCACAGGCUGGAGCAUUUGACCUCAGGACAGCUGUCAUGGAGGCUCUGACCAGCUUCAGGAGAGCAGGUGCUGAUAUCAUCAUCACAUACUACGUGCCACAGAUCUUGAAAUGGCUGAAGGAUAUUUGAUGCUGCCUCCACUGGGAUACAAAAUAUACAGGGUUAUGUUUUAAAUUAUUCCCAUGGACCCCUCUCUCCUGUUCAUGUAUGCCAUGUCUCCCAUGCAAUAUUCCUGUUCACCUGCUCCUUCCUUUUCUGUUCUUGUUUGCUGUUAUAACUGAUAUUAUACCAAAUACAUGCUUUUAAACCAGAACUCUUAUGCUAGACCAAAAAUGGAUUUUUACAGACAUGUUUAGUUGCAUAAUGUGUGUGAAUGGAAGAGAAAAUGAGAAAGUCAAUGAAGUGAGCUGUAAGUGGUUGAAAGACUGUUCAAGUGUCUGAUUUUUAUAUAGGAUCUGUUAUGCACUGCAAGCACACACAACAUCAGGGAUCUUAAAAUGAAUAAAUUGACAAGAUUUGUGAAUAAAUCAUGUGACAAGGAUUUUAUUGCGACCGCGGCUGCCAUGUGCCUUUGAUGCGUUUGAACAUGCAUUACCAAUAUUAGCUAUAAUUGAAAUGUAAAACUCUGUGAAUAACUGCAAACUAAAUAGAAUUUUCUGUUUGAAUAAAAACAAAUUAGGAAUCUAAA